UGAACAUUUUGUACUAUAUGUAUCCGUGUUGAAUAGCUGACGCAAUCGAUUUCAUCAGCCCAUGAAAUAACAAUACGCUCCAUUGAAUUAAAUUAAACUGCAGUUUAAAUUUUUAAAUCGUUGACUUAUGACAUGUUAAAAAUGUGACUACUGAAGUGUUCAAACUGUAAAGUACAAUAAGCUCCUGUGUAACACGUGUGUACACGUUAUGUGUGAUCCAAGUCAAAAACAUGUGCUCCUUGUUUUUGCGCAUCAAGACGGAAAAUCCUUCAACGGGGCUCUUAAGGAUGCUGCCAUAGACACAUUACGGAGUUUGGGACAUUCCGUUGAAGUCUCGGAUUUGUAUUCACAACAGUUUGAACCACGCGCAACAAAAAAUGAUAUAAGGGGUCCUCUGCAAGAUCCUGAUUUGUUUAACUACAGCGAAGAAGGAAGACUUGCUUAUAGACAUAACUGCCAGUCGCUGGAUAUAGCAAAUGAAUCGGACAAAUUAAAACGUGCAGAUCUUGUGAUAUUUCAGUUCCCAUUAUACUGGUCAUCCGUUCCAGCCAUUCUGAAAGGAUGGUUUGAUCGAGUUUUGUGUGAUAGCUUUGCUUUUGACUUUGAAUCUCAAAAUGUUUUGGAUCAGGGAUUUAUGAAGGGUAAACGAACAGUGCUGUCGUUGACAACUGGUUGUACAAGAGAUAUGCUAUCUCCAACAGGUCUCAGUAGCGAUAUUAAUGUUUUAUUAUGGCCAAUUCAAUAUGGCACGUUAAGAAUGUGUGGAUUUGAUGUUCUGCCACCACAGAUCUCAUAUGGAACAAAACUUGUAGAAGAGCCAACACGACAACAGUAUCUCAAAGACUGGAAAUGCCGGCUUCAAAACAUUUUUUCUGAAGAACCGCUUAGUUUGCCUAAACUAUCAGACUUCGAUCACAAAUCAUUAAUGUUACAUGAAGAGAAUGGUAAAAAGAGAGUGAGUUCUAUAGGACAUAGAAACAAUCCAUGAAUCUUUAUACAACGUUAAUGUUACUGUGAUAUUCUAUUUAUUGUAGGUUUUUAGUCUUUUGUUCACCAUUUUGUUGCAUUGUUCAUAGCUGCAUUCAUUUAUUCAUCUGUCUCCAAUUUUUAAUAAAAAAAAAGGUUGAA